AGUAUGGAGGUGGUUUCACUUUCAGGGAUGGUUGUGGUUGGGGAAACCCUCGGGUUGCUUUCAGGAAGUGUCCAUACGUCAGCUGAAGGAAGCAGCAAUAUUGAGUUGGCUCUGGCGUGAUACUCACUGCUGACUUCUCUCUUCAAAAGGAAAAAAGGCGAUGUAAGACGUCCAGGUUGCUUGGGGAAGCAUAGGAGAAACCAUCCGAUUUUGAGUGAGUUUAACCAACCUUUCGACCAACGGCCAAACCAAUGCUUUGCUAGCUAGUACAAGCUAGUCAUGUGUGCGCAUUGCAGCGAGUUGGCGUGUUAUACAGACUCUUCACCAUUCAUUAUUUAAAUGAACCGGCGUACGUCGUAAACAUUGUCAUGCGAAUCUUGUAGUUUAAUUUGUAAGGCUUUUCGGCAUCGUACCGGCUAGCUUUUUUUUUUAUAACAGAAACGUUAGCAUUGGUGUCAGCAGACAGGGGUCUCGUGAUGCAGUCUGCCAUAGUGGUGAGAUAUGACUGCCUGUAUUUAGCUCGACAGUUUAGCCACUUUGAGCACCAUAUUUUAUAUUUUAGACGAAAACUGUGAGCCAAAAUGACAGUUAACGUAUCUAACCCAGCUAAUAAACGCUGUCACGGUAACUGUCGUUAACGAAUAAGCACGAGAGCUCGUGAUACCGACAGUUACGUCUCUGUUAACGUCGAUAAAAACACUCGUGUUGACUAUAAAGCCUGAUACUAAACAUGUAAUUUUAACCAGAAAGGGAGCUGGUAAAACCUCAACAAGUCAAGCAAAGUCAAACAGUAAUUAUCUUUUUAUCUUCUAAUUAUCUUUGACUAAAUGGUAUCCUCCCCCUUCUCUAUUUUAUUCAAACUUCCUUUUUGGCAUUACAAACGAGGAAAAGUGCAACACUUUCAAACGAUAGAAGAGUAAUGUUUAUUUUCUUUGGCUGUAUAUUAUUGUUUUUUUUCUGUAACGUGAAGCUUUAAGUGUUUUAUGAUUAAGUCCACCCCACCCCCUAGUUUUAAGGAUGAUAAAGUAGAGAAAUCAAGUCAUGCCUUGUCAAUUUUAACAGGAGCUACAAGGCUAAGGGUUAAUCAAGGCAACAGACUACAGGUGUGGGUUUGAAAGUCUUUGGAGACUACGGUGGCCGAGAACUGCCACUGCUGCAAAUAAAAAAGAAUGCGAAAAAAAGGAGUCACAAGUUACCGAUGCAAGAAAAAAAAAAGAAACCGUAGCCCCCUGCAAAUAAAAGAAAUGGUGCAGAUUUAUCAUAAUAAUUUUAAAAAAAGCCACAACGGAUAUUAACGACGCAAAAAAAAGUGGCGAAGCAAAAAAAAAAGAGGUUACUCACAACGGAAAAAAAAGGAUGCAGAAAAAAAAAGCCACAAUGGAAGCCACAUCACCAAUGAUGAUGAUGCACCUGCCCUGUGUUUUACGUCUCGGGAAGACGAGCAAAAAAGUAUGUGGAAAGGUUAUUGUUUAAUUUCACUUAGUGUGCUUUUCAGCGUGGUUAGGCCAUGUAGCUGAGUCGAUAUGAAGUUGAACUGAAGCUAACACUACACUAGCAUCCUCUUGUUCAACUUCAUAUCGACUCAGGCACUACAAGGCUUAACCAAAUGAUAAAUUGAAAGGCACGCAAAGCAAAAUUUAACAAUAACCUGUCGUCUUCUGUGCCCAGAUUGUAAAACACUGGUGCAUCAUCAUUAUUGGUUCCUGGCAGCUCACUUCCAUUAUGGCCUCUUUUUUUUUGCAUCCUUUUAUUUUCGCAGUAAGUAACUUUUUUUUUUUUUUUUUUUUUUAGCAUCACCACUUUUUUUUUUACUCCCGUUGUGGCUUUUUUUUUAUCUGCACCGUUUCUUUUUUUAUUUGCAGCAGGAUUCAGUCUCCUUUUUUUCCAUCAGUAACUUCCAUUGUGACCUUUUUUUUUGUUUUUCAUUCUUUUUUUAUUUGCAGCUGUGGCACUUCUUGGCCACCUUAGGAGACAGUUACUUAUACUAAAUAUUAUAAAAACACUGGCUUACAUUAUCUUGAAAUACGAUUUAUAUAUUGGGACCUGUAAUGUAAACACAGCUCAGUUUAGGUAUAAUGUGAUAUUUUGAUGAGAGAAGAAAAAAUACACUCUGCAACGUUCGAGUUUUUAUGCAAUGAUGAUAUCCACUUGACCAUUAUAGAGUUGAUGAAGGCCUGUUGCUAUGUUUUUAGCUGCUCCUCUUAUCAAUAAGUAAUGUUUUGAAAAUUGAAAAAAAAAAAGCCAAGUGCUGUUCUGUUAACAAAAUACAACUCAGAUAAGUACGGGAACACAAAAACGACUUAAUUACAAUAACCUAAGUAAAUACAAUCAAUUUAUUUUAAAUCCUGUGUGCCCACUAUCUUAUUCUUUCGCACUUGUUCAAGAUUACAAACAAAGAUGCCUGUGGUGCCGGUUGUGCCAGAGAACUACAGCCAUGUACUGGCAGAGUUUGACUGCCUUGACCCACUGCUGUCCGCCCUGAGGUUAGACUCUGGUAGACUGAAGGUAGGUUUCACAGUUGUUUAACUGACUUAAUGUUAUAAAUGUUUUUAAAAAAUGAUUGAGGAAUGUAAUUAUUAUUGGCUUUAAGUUGGUGUCGCAGGAGAUUUUACCGUGCCUGUGCCUCACAUACUGAGUAAUAUCUUGUUUUACAGUGUACCUGUUUAGCAGUGUCAAGGAAAUGGCUUGCAUUAGGGACAUCAGCAGGAGGAUUGCACCUGAUUCAGAGGGAGGGCUGGAAACAGAGGCUCAUCCUAACUCACAAGGUAAAUUAUGGUCAAAUUCCUAAUAUGGUAAUAGUGUUAGUUUGCCUCAUGUUUGAUUAAUUCAAAGCUUCAUACCUGUCUUGGCUUGUCUUCAGGAGGGUUGGAUCACUCAGGUGGCAUGUUGCCCUCAUGAUGAAGAUUUUAUUGCUGUUGCAACAAGGUAGGUUUGUUCAUGAAAGCAAAGAAGUGUUUUGCACUCAACCCUCCAAAAAAAACACCACCACUUGUCAUUUGUUGCCACCUACCUGAGUGUUUACUGAUACCCCUUCUAAUCCAGUCAGGGUCUGGUGGUUGUGUGGGAGCUGCAGCUGGAGCGACGGGGUCCUCCAGAGAGGGUCAGUGUGUCCUGGGAGCACAAAGGUCAGGCUGUCACUGCGCUCUGCUGGGACACCAGCACUCUCAGAGUUUUUGUGGGGGACGCAGGAGGCAAGGUGUCAUAUCUGCGUGCAGGAUCCUCCAAACUGGGCAAGGUAGGGUCUGCUAACAGGGAAAAUGAUCUUUUGUAAAAUUUCAUCAGGAUAAGCCAUUUUACUCGUUUACUCAUUUGUCCUCUUUGUUGCACACAUUUUCCAUUUAUAUCCAUGCCUUUAAUGGUCAUGUUUUGACAUGGUCUUAUGUGUGUUUAGGGGUCAGCUUUUGUCAUCUUCCCGGUUCAAACCGUCACCACAGUGGACUCCAGAGUUGUUCAGCUUGGUUAUCUAGAUGGUCGCCUGACAGUGUCUUCCCUGAGCCGCUGCUACCUCUGUGACACAGAGAGGUAUCGCCCAGUAUACUGGCAGUUAUUUUAUUCAAUUGUUAUUCAUUUUCAUCUUCUCAUUUUUGAACAACUGAUUUUGCUAUCUGAUUUUUAAUUAAGUCGGACUAAUGUGUGAAAGGAAAAUUAUAUCUCCCAGAGGUAUUGAGUCUUGUCUUUUCUACCUUAAGGGAGAAGUUUUGGCGAGUUGGAAACAAGGAGCGGGAUGGGGAGUAUGGAGCUUGUUUUUUUCCUCAGAAUAGGGGGUUAUUAGUCGGGCAGCUUCCCCUGCUGUACUGUGCACGGCCUGGGUCUCGAAUAUGGGAGGCCAACUUCAAUGGCGAGGUUUUGAGCACCCAUCAGUUCAAACAGCUGCUAGCCUGUCCUCCUCUACCUCUCAUUUCUUACAGGUACAGAUAUUAUUAUUAUUAUCAUCAUCAUUAUUAUUAUUAUUAUUAUUAUUAUUAUUAUUACUUUUUUUUUUUUUUGCUUUUAUCUUUACUUCAAAACUCCUCACCUUUUUGGGUUCACCUUUUGUGUUUCCAUCAGAAAUGAGCCACAAUACAACCCAGCACAGAAGAACCCCCAGUCCAUUGCCUUUCCUAAACUGGUUUACUUAGGGUAAAGUUAAAAGUUAUUAAUGUAUUUCAGUAUCUAAGACAAAUUGUUUCAAAUGUACAUGUGUUUUAAUUAUAACAGUAAGAGCAUGGUGUUUUUGUUAGAUAACAACACUUAACUCAUUUCUGUAGAGACCAGAACUUGCUGACCUGGACUGAUUCAGCCAUUUAUGUCUUCACACCUCAGAAUGGACAAGUGCUUUUGUGGACUGAAGUCAAAGGUGCUCUUGUUGUUCUUUCCAGUAGCAAACCAUUGCAAUAUUUUAUCUGAUAUUUUAAUUGUAAAUGUGUAAAAGCUUUGAACACACUAUUGUCGGUCUGUAACAGUUUUUGACAUUUUAAUAAUCUCAGUCGUCAAAGAAAGUGUUAACUAGAUCAUGCUAUUCUGACAUUGAUUAUUGGUACCCUUUAUUCAGUUUCCUGUAAAUAGAUAUGAAUCUUUUUCCUUCUUUUUUACAGACCUGGUUGAUGUUGCAGUCUACCGCAAUGAGCUCUUCUGUCUCCAUGGCAGUGGACGUCUUUCUCACCUCUCCCUGCUGUCUGCUGAACGAUGUGUUGAGCGGCUGCUCCGGAGAGAGUCCUGGCCUCUGGCUGCAAUAGUGUGCUGUAUGUUUCAGCACAUUAUCACCACCAGCAGGGUAAGUUGGCUGCAACUGCCAAGAUAUCUGACAUCAAGUCUGUGCAGUGUAGCCCAGAUUUUAGUCUUAUCAGUAUGAUCAUGUGGUAUUCUGACUUUCUUUGUUCCUUUAGAAAAGGAUUAGAAAUUAUCUCAGGUGUUGCAUUCUCUGUGGCCUGAGCAUAACAGAAAUGUGCAGGUGUUGGAUGUGGCUCCUGGUAUUAAGCUGGAAGAAUACUCCAAUACACAGUUCCCUGUAGCUGUUGUUGUAAAAAUAUGUGUACGACUCUGGGUUGCAUUAAAAAAAGAAAAAAAGCCACAUUUGCGUGCUGCCGCCUCGCUCACUAUUCAUUUUUGAUACAGGCCAGGAAAUCAAUUCCGAUCGAUCGUCUUGAACAUCUCAGGUCCCAGCUUAACUCCAGCACACACCACGAGCUGAUCGGCCAGCUGGAGGAAGUCAUCACCAAACUAGAGCCUCUAGACUCAGCCUCUAGCAGCCGAAGGAGCAGCAUUUCCUCACAUGUGAGUACUCUAACUUUCUGUUAGUGAUUGUAUUAUUAUCUAUAUCUAUAUUAUUACGUUAUCUAUUUACAUUUUAGCUGUUUUCUUUUACCUUGAAACACAUGACCUUUUAUGCUCACUGAAUAAUAAUAAUAAUAAUAAUGCAUCAGAUUUCAUAUAGCGCUUUAUCAGAGACCCUCAAAGCGCUUUACAUUGGAUACAUCAUUCAUUCGCUCACACAGUCACACUUUGGUGGUGGUGGAAACGUGGCUGCCUAAUUCAACAUAAAUUUAACAAGUUAAUGUACUGAUACAAAAUCUCUUUGUUACCCAGGAGAGCUUCAAUGUCCUGGACUGUGGAAUCUAUCGUGUGAUCAGUCGCAGAGGCAGCCAGUCUGACGAGGAGACAAGCUCCCUUAUCAAUCCCUCCAUAUAUGAGGAAGAGCGGCUCAAAGAGUUCAGUUUUGUGCAUGAGGACGACCAGGCGGAUCAUGGUAAGAGAUCAUUACCCAUAACUGCUUUUUCAAAUGAUAGUUAAAAAAGUCUUAAAAAAGGUGAAAGUCUUUGUUUUUGCAUCACCUUGUAUGUUUUUUUUUGUCUAAAGAUGCUGUCUUAAUUCUAUUACUAACAGAAAAUGUUUCCAUCACUACUGCAAUUUUUUUGCGGUAAUGAUCAGUAGGCAUCGUGUCAUAACUGUAUUUAAACAUUCAGCUAUGAAGAAAACUAAAGAUUGGUUUUCAGAAUAAUUAGUUUAAUAUUAGUCAAAUUAUUCAAUCAGUUUAAUACUAAUGCAAAUCAGCACCUGCUUUCUGCUAUCUUCUAAAACUCUUAUAUACAAAUAGACAAAAUAGACAAAAAUCAAUUAAAAAAACGCAGGAGAAAUACUAAGGGUGACAUUUGAUAUUUAAUGUUAAAAAUUUUUGAUCUUUUUUUCUUAUUGAUGUGUGGCACACAGACAUAGUGUCCUGUCCAGAACAGAUUAAGAAGUCUUUUCUUUAUUAUCAUUAUCAUUUUAAAAGGUUAUUUUUUUCUGAUUGGUCAAAUUCAGAAUUGCUGGUUGAGCUAACACUGACACAACGAAGGAGAAACCAGAGAAACUACAAGUGUUUAUAUAAAAUUAUUCUGACAAACAGCUGUUUUUACCGGCACUUUUUCCUCUCCUCUCUUUCUCUGUGUUUGUGUGCGUGUGUGUGUGUGUGUGUGUGUCUGUCUGGCUGUGCGCGUGUGUGUGUGUGUGUGUGUGUGUAGCAGCAACAAACUCCUUUUCUGAUCUUCCCGAUUUCAGUGUAAAAAAAGAGUGAAAUUAUUUUGCAACUUUUUAUUUGUGUAAAGCGUAACCAACAGUAUUUGGCAGAAAAAUCCCAAAUCAGAUAAAUGGGUUAUCAAGUGCCUCUAGAUUCUGAAAGACUUGCCAAAAUUUGAUAAUAAUUUUACUCUUUGACUUGAACUCUGUUAUAAUAUUUACAUGUUUCUGUAAGUGUCUUCUACGUUUGCAAGAAAAAUUAAUGUGAUGCUGAUCUCAAGAAAACGUUAAAUCAUGAAAUCAAAAGUGUUGCUAUGUUGUACAGCUGAAUUUGCCGUGAGAACUUUUCAAAUAUAAUCACACUUUUCAUAUUUGAUGUCCUGUCUGUUCCAUUAUAUCACACACAUGCCACCUUUUUGAUUUUUUUCAUGCAUUGUGCAGUAUUUGAUUUAUGUUCUCUCUAUAGUGGUGUCUGGCACUUAACUCCAUCUGCUUGCACCUUGUCCUCUGCCCCUCAUCAUUUCCUCUCAGUGCUCCAUACAUCUGUGUUUUUCCUCUGGCUUUUGCUCCCAUCUUCAUUCAGAUCCACAGAACAGUGAGCGUUUGGAGGCCGAACGAUCUGAGCAAGGCCUGCAGUUCCACCUUCCCCUCUCAUUCCGCCCUAAACCCCCCCGCAUUGCACUGCAGGCUGUUAAAGACAGGUGAACACCCAGAGAAAUAACAAAAGAAUAAAUCUGUUAUUAAAACAGCUCAUACCAUACAUGCACAUAACUGUUACAUGUUGCAUUUUAUCACUAAGGUUGCACUUCCUCAUUUUCUAUUUCUCAGGGAGAAUGAAGCUCCUAAUAAUAAAGCAUUCAUAAGGCACAGCUGUGCUGUUAUACAGCUUAGUUCCCCUUUACACGAAAGACCUGUAUCUAUUACUUUCAAUUCACAAUGAGCAUCUGUGGCAUUACUCUGUGUGCUCUUUGUAGGACAGUUUGCCACUCUGGUUGUCACAGGAUAAAUCUAUCCGUUUUAAUCUCGCUGUUUAACUAUUACUCUUUUUUUUCUUAGUGUUUCUAGUUUUGUCAAGAAGACCACAGAGAAGAUCAACACUCUCCAGAUGAACUCUGAGCUUUGGCAACGCCCUGAAUUCAGGGAGGGCAGUCAAGCUGAAAUGUCAACCACCACAGUUCCCCACUCAGAGGAAAUAGACAAUGAGUAAGUACUAACCUUUUUAGACAGUAAUAGGCAAAUCAGAUGAAAUCACUGAAUCAAAUGUCGUGUCUCAGGGUUUAUGAUGACAUGCCCAACACAGAAGCCGACAUGCAAGAACUAAGAUCUGCAACAGAGCGAGCUAUGUAAGCUUUGGUCACUAUUUUAUUAGGUUUCUACAUUUUCCAGUUUUACUGAUCUGAUUUUAAAUCAAUGUGUUACAUUAUUCCAACAACAGCUCCCAACUCCAGGAUCCCUGGGUGCUAAUGGAUCCGGUCUGUCUGGGAGAAACUCUGCUGGAGUGGCUGCAAGUGCUAGAGCGAAUAUUAGGACCUGUAGAGGUUGGUUUUGUUGCUGUGGGGGAUACGAACACAGAUGGACCUGGAGAAGAGAGGUGGGAAAGGGAUUAUCUCAACACAAGCUCAGAGCAGCAAGAGGAGUCACCCUGCUCGCCAGGAGAACCAACAGAGAGCGUUACAGAGGAGAAGAAAGCAGAACCUUCUGAGUUUGAAGACAAAGAGGACUCGUGUGACUCCUCUGAGAAGGAGGCUGAGGUUUUGAACGAGACCACUCUUCUAGAGCCUCUAAGAAUUGUGAAUCCAGAGCCCCUGCCAUCAGAUCUCCUGGCUAACCUCACACAGCUGGCAACCCUGUACACAGAGCUGAGCUGCUUCAGAAAGCAGGAGAAUGAACAGGGGUUAGGAUGCACAACUUUCCUGCGACGCUACUUCUUCCUGCUAGACCAAGAGCGAGUGAGGAGAAUGUGUCUGCUGUGUUAUCAGGAGCAGCCAGAUGUGCAAAGCUCCUUCAUCGAGGCCAUGCGAGGUCAGGUUUUUAUUUGUACGAUUCAUUAAUCAAAUCUGUGGUCCAGUGAUCAAUUAUUUCAGACCUGUACCAUGGGGAUCCAUGCAUUAUGAUACCCAUGGAGUUAAAUUUUGACUUAUUUGUUUCUCUGUAGAUCUGACACAGUCCAGUAAGGUGGUUGAGGUUAUUCAGAGAGGGGAUUUGCUGAGAUCAUUGCGCAGUCUGAGAGAGCUGCAGCCUUGGAGCGCACCUCCUCUCCUCGCUCAUAUACACAGGUUAGUUCAAGUACUUUUGUCCGACAGUCAGCUAAUACUUACACCACAGUUGUGACUGACAUUGCAAAGUAUUUUUUCUUACUUUCCAGGCUUUAUGACAAGCACGGAGAAGCAGCUGUACGGUCCUUUUCCCAGUUCUAUCCUACAAUCACACCGGCUGAUGUAAUGGCCAUGGCUCAGCAAGGCCACUUCCUGGCAUAUCUGGAUAAUCUGGUCCAAUCCCAAACUGAGGAGCACAGGUAUGUCUCAUCACAGCCUGACAACAUGCUAUAGAGUAAUUUAUUUAGCUAUAAGUAAUUUAUAAGAAAAAGUAAAAACAAAAACAUGUUGAUUUAAAGAAUCAGUAAAGUGAAUAAUACAGGGUGUGAAUGAGUAUAAAUUAGCUGUUUGAUUUUUGUGUAAUUCUUACCCAGGAAAUUUUGAGCAUCAAACUCUUAAAUCCACAUAUUCUUCAAUAAAAAAGACAAAAUCAUUUGAAAAUUAAUUUGAACUUCUUACCACAAAAAUCUACAUCCUACUUAGACAAAAUGUUAAAUUACAUAAUUGAUUUAAAACUCAGCCGUUGCAUAUUGGUCAAAUGAUGGAAUACACUGAAUUAACACUUUUACUUUUUUUUUUUUUUUUUUUUUUCAUUUUUUAUAUGUUCAAAAUAAACUUCAAUCAAUCUAUCAAAAACUUUGAUUAAAACAAAAAGCGUUUUGGCACAAUCCUUAUACAACAACAAACAUUUAUACUUAGUUACCAGUAAGGUAUUUAUCACAUUUUAGGUUUUUCAUUUCAUUGUAUCUACAGGAGGAGCAUGCAGAUGGCACUUUACUAUGGUUUACCAACUAGAGGGGCAGCUCCAAGAGUAUUUUUGUGUUAUACAUUGAGAGGGCAUUAAAUGUUUUUUUUUUUUUCCUACCAGAAGGGCAUCCAAGAGGACACCCUGUAUCAAUAUAAAAUGGGCUGCAACUUUUAAAUGUAAAAUAUAAGAUGAUUCCAUAUUAUAAGGGAUGGUCAGCAACCCUAUGUGCUGUGUUCACCAUUUGGUUGCACCCCACACAUGACAAGAACAAAACCUGCCAUCAGCUGUUGUCACAUGUGGGGUCUCUUACAUUUUCAAAACAGCUAAGAUUGAAAAACUCUUUUGGCCUGGGUCAGGGUCCUCACAGCCUUCAUUUCCCUGUUUCUAUUAAAGACUAAAAGACGUUGCAUUUUAAUUCUUUAAUAUUGCUUUGAUUUCCUCCUCUAGGUUGUCAUUUUUGCAGUCUCUUCUUGAACCUGAAUCACUGAGACAGGACUGGCUGGAGCUGGCACUCACUCAUGAUGCACCUCAACACUGUGAUACCCUGACUUCUGACCGACAGCCCAGGUCUGACGCUGUUUGCAUUAAUUCUACAACAUAAUUUACUUGAGGCCAGAGCACUUAUUCAGUUUGAGUUGGAAAAUGACUGUAAAAAGUAAAGAUAUCAUUCCACUUCUUGUUCUGUUUAGUCUGUUGUAAGUUGAACUAACAAAGGAAAAUAUCGUUAUAAUUGCGAGUCUCUCGUGGUUCUGCUGCAGGUGGCGUUCCCAUUGUUUCAGCUGGGGUUAUGGCCGCCUUCUGUCUCUUCUUAUUGGUCUACCUGCUGACCUUUCCUCCAAGCAGAAGAUGGCAGAGACUUGCCGCAGUCAUGGGUACUUCUUAUUUUGUCGACUCAAUGACAGUUAUAGUUUACAGUUUAAUAUACAGCACAAACCUCUAUACAAUGUGUGUGCAGGUACUGGAUGGGUUACCUGUACCUCUGCCGUGAGCUGCAGCGUCGUACGGAGGCGUUCUCCACCAUCUGUCAGCUGGAUGAUAUAAGUCUUCUGGAAGGACCUGAUGGUAAAACUCUACAGAGGAGGAUGAGGCCGAAUUUUGUACUCGAGCAGGAUGAGAUACGGUUUUUAAAGAGUUAUUCAAAGAUAUUAAAAGUAUGUUUAGCAAAUGUUAACCUUAUAACAGGUGUAAUGGGACAAACUGUUAUGAGGCAGAAGAAAACCAUGUACUGGCUGUUAUGAUACUGCAUAGCACUAGUCGACCUCUAGAGUGUCUGUGUUUCUUGAUAACUUUGGUGCCAAACAAUCAUUCAACGAACACUCAAAACCAGCUUCAAACAUUUUCACAGGCACUUUCACAGCCUUAUGUUUUUCUUUUUGUUAUCCUCCAGGUGUUGAGCCUCAAACUUUAGAAGAAUGGAAGCUCCUGAUCCAGUUAUGUCAGCAGAGCAGCACCGCAGUCGACCCAGAGCAGGUCACAGGCGUGAAUGGGGACAGGUGGUCCAACGGCUCAGCAGACUGCAGUGGAAAGAUCAGCCCAGAGAGCCUAACUCUGAUGCUGGCUCGGACAGCUGGACCUGACCGCGCCAUGGCUGUCCUGGAGGAGUGCGGAGUGCAGCUGGUCCUCUCGUCGCACUCCAGACUGGUCUGCGAGCUGCUGAGAGUCGCUGAGAAAAGGCAGAGGUGGGUCAGAGAUUUUAAGCGAGUUCCAAAAAUGUUUCUAUACAUAAAAUUCAGUAAAUCGUAUGCUAAUAUUUUUCUUAUGGUUUGGGAUACAAUGGUUUUACUCCCAAAUUAGUAAUCUGUGAAUAAUCUUAAGGUUCAAAAAGGUCAUCUUGUUCUUAUUGUUUAUCCUAGAGGAGACCUAAAGCCAUUACCCAUGAUGGUCAUAAAAUGUCUCUUUGGGAGGAAAUUCGCGAACCAAAAUCCACCCGAGGAUCUUUUUGUUGUUGUAACAAAUCCUUCAUUUGAGUCAAGGCAGAGAAAAUACUAGAGAACUCAAUAAAUAUGGUUUUAUAUGUUUGUUGGUAGUGUAGUUCUUUUAAUCCAAUACCCUUCUUGUUUUUGUUUCAGAGCGAUGAUCCAGACGAUGCUUGAGCGCUGUGAUCGCUUCCUAUGGUCUCAGCACGCCUAAUAAAGAUCUCUGCUGUGAAUUUAGCUUCUCUGCACAACACAACAAGUUAACUAACACUGUAUGUAAGUCUGAAACUGCUGAUGAUAAUGUGACUUUUAUUAUGCACUCUAAUCUUUAUCAAAGCAGGAGGGCUCUAAGCCUCUCCUGAAACAGUAUUAUAAUGUAACUCUAACUUUAGUUUGCCUUUGCAGCCUUCUUUUCUACUUUAUAUUUAUGAUUUACAUUUCACAUUUUUAGCAAUAAUCCGAUCUAUUAUAGGUGCCAUCACAAUAUCGCUUCUAAUGAUUUGGUAUUUUUUGCAUGAAGGAAAAAAAAUUCUGUGAAUUGUUCUGACUAUGUAAUAAGUUAUAAAUAAAAUGUGUUUAUGUUAAAA